GAGAGGGAGGGAGCGCAGAGGGGGGAGGGCGCCCAGAGACCUCUCGCCUCCUCGCGACGCACACCAAUCCGCGCAAAGGCUCCAGGUCGGUGACAGCUGGCAGACGAGAGAGGGGGAUCCACCAACACAGAGGAAAGGACAGACGCACGGCUCUCCCCACACAUCAUCCGUGUUUGUCAGCAUCAGGGAGAAGUUGUCCUCCGCGUCUCCUCUCCGGCUGGUGCUGUUGCGGCGCUGUCUCUCACACACAGGAUCGGUUAUGUGAUGGGUGUUGGAGCGGAGCCCGGGAGAGCUUUCCUACGCCAGGGAAGCGGGGUGAUGAUGAAGAGCAGGUUUCUGCCACUAACCGGGAAGUUCGGUUUCUACUUCCAGCCGACGCUCAGUGGGGAAUAAAGGAGGCUCCGCGUUCACUGAGGGAAUUAAAAUUACUUCUUUGACUUAUUCGCUGCAGAAUUACUCCAGCUCUUGAGAUGUGGUUUUAAUUAUGCUCGCGCUCACCUCCGGAUUGUACAUGUUGCCUGGCUGAUGCUGCGGCUGCCUCUGGAUUCCGCUUCUUCUAUGCCCAUAUUUGGAGUUAUUUGAGUAACAGGACGCAACACAUCCAGGUCAAAUGACCGUCUAAUGUCCGUGCUGAGUGUGACGAGCCUGACUGUGACAUGGAAAACACGGGACUAUACAGCCUCCUUUAUUACUUCAUUCUCAAUUCGCCCUUUAUGAUUUGUGCAAAUGCUGCAUUCACUGAAGUCCCUAAAGAUGUGAGUGUGGGGGAGGGAGAGGAUGUGGAGAUGCCCUGCGCCUUCAAGGCUGUCAGCUCAGCGCCCAUGUCUCUGGAGAUCCAGUGGUGGUACCUGAAGGAGGACGUGCCUAAAGAACUGCCUCAUGAGCUGCAGAUCAGUGCCCCGGCCAGCAGAGCCAAGGUCGUUCCAAGGGAAGCCACAAAAAUAAGUACUGUGCGUGUUCAGGGAAACGCCAUCUCCCACCGCCUCAGCCUGUCCAAGGUGAAGAAAGAAGACGAGGGGGUGUACGAGUGCCGCGUGUCUGACCUGUGGGCCGACGAGACUCAGGAAUUUACGGUUCACGCCACGCUGCACGUUGCGCUGGGUGACGGCAUGGUGGCUGAGGAGGCAGUGUCGCACAUCCAGAACCGCUGGCCGCUGAGGAAUACCAAUACAGCUCUGGGAGGGGGCGGAGCAGGGAGGGCCACCUCAGAGCCCGGCCAGGGGCUGGCAGGAGGUCCGAGGUUAGGGCAGGGGAAGCACCUGGUGCCUCAGCAGGCCCAGCCCGGCCUCCUCCCAUCUAUCUCAUCCACCACCACUUCGGUGGCCAAGUCGUCAGCUUCACCGCUGCCAGGGAACGCAGCCAUCCUCCGGCAGCAGCUCGGAGCUGGCUGCAGUGUGAUGAGCACCAUGGAUCCCCUCCUCUGCAUCACUCUCCUGUUCCUGCAUAAGCUCCUCCCCUUCCUGUUGGCCCACUGAAGAGACUUCAACCAAAAUUAUGUCGACCUGCAACGUUCUCACUUUCUAUACCAAAAAAACCCCAACCCCAAGCAGCAGUCAGUGCCCACCAAGGGAGAAAGGGUCACAUUAAAUCGAUGUAUGCCGUUGCAACAAAUCACUGCAGGGAGUGAAAGCAAUGCAAAAAGGACUCGACAGAAGAGACGAAAGGAAACGGAGAAGGACGCUCCUUGGACUUGACAGAUGCAAGCGACGUGACUGUUGUACGAGCAGAGUGUGGAGGAGAGAAAUGUGCUUACAGUGAACGAUGGGAGCAUCACUACUGAUCCACACACAGCCUAUACAGCGUGGCCACAUGAAGCGCUGCCUCUAUUCUGCACCGGCUUCGUGCAUGGCCCUCCUCAAACACUCCACACUCACAUUUCUUUUGCAGCAUUUCCACUGUGAAUUCUGUUCAUCUGACAACGCAGAUCACUUCAGUGUGUCCGUCUGCUGAUGUAGUCACUUUCAUCUGUUCUGUGGAAGACAUGUGACCUUGUGUUGUUGCUUUGGAAGGGGGGGCGAUUCGAUCAGCAUGAUCAUUAGCAUAAUUUUUCUGUAGCCAUGUGAAGCAUCUUCAUUAUACAGAGCGACCUUUCACCCAGUGUGUUAGUCUGAUGUAUCCACCUCCCUCCUACACACACACACACACACACACACACACGCACACACGCAUGCACACACACACACACACACACACACACACUUUUGUUCUCAUAGCUGUGUUAUACAGUGUCAAAAACGAUUAAUAAGCUGAUAUAUUUUGAUUAAGAUAAGGCACAUCUUACCAUUGUUGUUGUUAUCACCUCCAAUAAUGUUUAUUUUUAUUAAAUAUAUGGUGAUCAAAGUGAGACAUUUCAUUUCUAUGAGACUAAAUGAUUUAUUGGUAACUUGCCAACAGUUGAGA